GACGUGGCUGGUUGAUGGAAGAGUCCGGCUGAUUACGUGUCUCUUCCUUUCUUGUUGGUCUGACAAUCCAGUGCAUCAAAGACUUUGAACUUGCAGCACAGAACUCAACGAACCGGCCAUGAAAAUCUUCCACGUUCCUUGCUUAGAAGACAAUUACUCCUACUUGAUUAUCGAUGAGACCACUAAGGAGGCGGCAGUUGUGGAUCCGGUUGAGCCCCAGAAGAUAGUUGAUGCUGCCAAACAACAUGGCGCCCAGCUCACUCUCGUUCUUACCACCCAUCAUCACUGGGACCAUGCUGGUGGGAAUGAUAAGAUAAAACAGAUAGUGCCUGGAAUUAAGGUCUAUGGUGGCUCACUUGACAAUGUUAGGGGCUGUACUCAUCAAGUGGAAAAUGGUGAUAACAUUUCACUUGGUGCUCAUAUCAAUAUAUUGUCUCUUCACACGCCUUGCCACACCAAAGGUCACAUAAGUUAUUAUGUGACCAGCAAAGAGGGAGAACAGGACCCUGCUGUUUUCACUGGAGACACAUUGUUUAUAGCUGGUUGUGGAAAAUUUUUUGAAGGCACAGCAGAACAAAUGUAUCAAUCACUGUGUGUAACAUUGGGCUCAUUGCCGAAUCCAACUCGAGUUUACUGUGGCCACGAGUACACUGUGAAGAACCUCCAAUUUGCUCUGACUGUCGAACCAAAUAAUGUGAAGAUACAGCAAAAACUAUCAUGGGCUCAGCAACAGCGACAAGCAGGCCUGCCAACCAUCCCUUCAACCAUUGACGAAGAGAUGGAGACUAACCCAUUUAUGAGGGUUGAUCUACCAGAGCUUCAGGAGUUGGUUGGUUGCCAUGCGCCAGUGGAAGCUCUCCGGGAGAUAAGGCAGCGAAAGGACAACUGGAGGGGCUAAUUAAAGACCUCGAAAAGCUUUCUCUUGUCUUUUGGUUUCUUUGGUUUUGGCCGGGGUGCGUGUUGGUGUAUGCAACUUGAUUUGUAACUUGAAAACUUACACGUUACCAAGGUGUUGCUUGGGGCGGAAUGUGCUUAUGGAAUGCUUUGUUCUUGGCUUUGGUA